AGCGAAACUAGCAGCGACGGGCUCUCAUGCAUGUUAGUCGGCGUUUAGAUACAUCAUAGAAAGGAGCAUAUGUCGCAACCUCUUUCCCGACCGCAGCGGGCAGCCAUGGGCAGCAGCUACUGAUCGAACCCGGUCCCACACUCGUCUUCUCCCCCCCUCCCGUUCCCGCCCUGCUGCUUGCUCUCCUCCCUCCCCCUCCAACUCCGCCGUCAUGCCAUCCUAACUUCUCCCUGCAGCCUGUCUGCCACUAUUUCGCCCGCACCACCCGUCGUCGUCACCACCACCAUGGCGCCCGUGUCCGAGCAGUCCUUCCCUCUCUCACGCCCCCCCGUCGUGCCGUCGUAACUUCUCCCUGUCUCACCUGCCAGUAAUUGUUACUGUCAUUCGCGCGCACCACCGGUCGUCGUCAGCACCAUGGCGACGGAGUCCGAGCAGUCCUUCCCUCUCUCGCACUCCUCGCGCCUCUCCUCUGUCUCCUCCGUUGCCGCCGCCGCCGCCGCCGCGGCCGCGGCGGCCUCGGCGAGCGUGGACCGCGCGUUUCCCUCCCGCCGCGCGCCGCACGCCGCCGCAGGAGCCUCCGGCGCUAGUACUAGCAGCUCCGCGCUUCCCCGCGCGCACGGCUCCCCGCACGGCUCCGCGCACAGCACCGCGCGCGAGCCCAGCAGCCGCGCCCAGUGGCGUGGCUCGGGAGAGCCGCUUGCGCCGAGAGAGUGGCAGGGGCAGGGGCAUGAGUACAGGCAUGGGAACGGGCAUGGGAACGGGCAUGGGAACGGGCAUGACUCCUGGCGGGCACAGCCGCGAGAAUGGGGCGCACGAGCAGGCGGAGGCCUGGGAGCGGGGGGAGAGCCUUCCGCGCGCCAAUGGGAUGUGCGGGAAGGUGCGGAUUGGCGGAACGGUGAUGGGGGGAGGGAGAGGCGAGAGAGAGGCGACGGCGGUGGCUUACCUGCUGCCAUGCUGGCUGCACCUGCCGCUGGCACGGGCGGUGGUAGGGUGGGCAUAGGAGGACAGGAGCGAGUGAGGGGCGGCGGGGAGAGCAGCAGUGGGAGAUGGAGGGGAGGGAGUGAGAGCAGUGCGAGUGUGGAGGGCGGGCGGGGAGGGCAGUGGCAUCCAGGCGCCAUGAUUCUCCCGCGGGACAGCAGCUCUGUCACCAGCUCUGGCAGUGCCGUCACGAGCACCAUUCCCCCGAGCAGCGUUCCCAGCGGCAGCAAUGCUCUGAGCGACCUGGACGCGGCUCUGGCGUCGCUUAUCGGCCCCACUGCUGCGGCGGCCUUCGCUGCUGAGAUGGACGCCCUGCGCUGGCCGCCUGCUGCCUUGCACGCCCAUGGGGAUGCCGGGAAUGGUCCGGGAGGUGUUGCUGCUGGUGCUGCUGUUGGUGGUGCCGGUGCUGGUGCUGGGAAUGGAGAGGGCGGGGAGAGUGAAGCUGGCACGCCUGCUGCUGACCGCACUGGUGGCGCUACAGAGGUACCCACCACCACCGGCAGCAGCAGCAGCAGCAGCGGCGGCGGCGGCGGCAGGAGCAGUGGUCAGCGGCCCAGCAGUCGCAAGCCGUCGGCUCAGAUCCGCAUCGACCGCAUUCCACCGGACAUCACUGCAGCGACAGUGGCUGCUUUCAUCCGAGACACUCUACGCGUGACAGUGGACCGAGUCAAGAUCAAGGGGUACACCCGCAUCAAGGCCUUGCCUGCUGCUGAUACCAGCACCAGCGGCAGCAGCGGAGCGAGCAGGCAGAGGGCAGGUGGGCGAGGGGGAGUGGAAGGCGGAGGAGUAGCAGGAGAGGGCGUGGUGGUUGCAGGCACGCGGUACAAGGAAGAGUGGGUGUCGUCGGGGUACGGGUACGCGGACUUCCUCACAGCGGAGGUGGCUGACUUUGUGAUGCAGAGGGAGGAGGCGCUGGUGCUCAAGGGGCAGCAGCUCGCGCUGCAGCGCACCAUGGAGCAGAGGCGCCCGCCUGAGGGGCUGCUCUUUGAUGCCACUGUGCACCUGGGGUUCGUUCAACAGCCCUGCCAGCUGGCGCUGACGUGGCGGUCGAAGCCCGAGAGCUGCCGGGUGGAGUUUGAUUUUCUGGAGAGGAGGGUGCGGGUGGUGGUGUGGGAGAAGGGGGGGGUUGGAGGAGGGGGGGUAGGCAGAACGGCAGCAUCAUCAGGGGUGGUGGAGACAGCAGAGGAUACUGGUGGGCUGGGUACUGCUGGUGCUGCCGGUGCUGCGGGUGUUGGUGCUUCUGCUGCAGCACCGCUCAGCGCCAUCCCCCUUGCCUUCCAGCGCGUGGAGUACAAGCUGGAGUGGCGCAUGCGCGAAGUGCGGCUCUGGGGCACCAAGGACGCCAGCACGCGUGACCGGGACGGCCCCGGCCUCACCUCGUCCCUCCUGCUCCUCCUCUUCGUGCCGCCCGCUGUGUACUCACGUGCGUGUGACGACGACGUGUGGCAGCUGGCGCCCGACAACUGGUUCCCGGAUGACGGCGACCCGUGGACCAGAACCACAGAUGAGGACUUUCUGCCCGCGGGCGGGAGGGGAGGCGCGGGGAGACGGGCAGCAGCAGGCGCGUGUGGGGGCGUUGGGGAUGAUGGAGGGGGGCGUGCUGGUGGGGGCCCGUGUGACAGCGGCAAUGGUGGUGGCAUUGGCAGCGGUGGUGUUGGUGUGGGUGCAUGGGACGGCAGGGUGUGGAGUGGAGGGGUGUUGGGAGCGGCGUCAGUGAUGCAGGUGUCGGUGUCGGUACGGCGCGGCAGUUAUGUGCGGCGCAUAGCGCAGCACAUGCGCACGGCGUCGCUGCACCUCAAAGCGCGGUACCUGGGGGACCCCCAGCGCGUAGCCAUCACUGCGCGCUUUGCUGCUCAAACCCCCAUCCACCUCGCUCCCUUCGUGUCCCUCGACCCCUCCUGGCGUCCCAAUACCCCCUCUGCCACCGCCGCCGCUACCAGCAGUACCGGCACCAGCAAACCCAGCACCAUCACAAGCAGCAGCAGCAGAUCUGCCCAGCCUACCGUGCUCCCCUUCCCUGUGCUCUAUCUCCUCACAGCACUGGUCCAGCAGGGCACCAUCCCCCUGACGGCCGUAACCCCUAGACUGUACAACACCCUGGCGUACGAGCCCGUGCCGGCUGCGGUGGCGGUGCUGAUCGAGUUCUUCCGCUUCUCGCGCCCUGAGUUCGACCCCGCGAGGAAGUUCCGCCAGGUGGCCCGGGCCAUGCGCCACCAUGGGAAGCUGCAGCUCAGGGAGGGGAAGGAAAAGGAGGGGGAGAGGCAGUUGCGAGGGAGUGGGGCGGAGAGAAGGAAGGGGGAAGUGGUGGAGAGAGGGAAGGGGGAAGGGCGGGAGAGUGAGGAGAAGUACGAGGAGGGUGCAGAGCAGUGGGGAGCGGUAGAGAAAUUUCCAGAGCAAAAGAAGCAGCUGCAAGAGCAGGAAGAACAACCAAAGAAGCAGAAGCAGCAGCAACAGGAGCAAGAUGUGGGGGACAAAUCAGGAGAAGCGAGCCAGAACGAGAAUGAUAGCGAGAGCGAGAGCAAGACGUGGCCGUGGAAGCUACCUGAGAACCACGUGCUUGUGUUCCGUGUGCUCAUAACCCCCCUGGGCGCGCAGUGCUGCAUGCCAAACGUGGAGCUGACCAACCGUGUGCUGACGCACUACCGCCCGCACGCGCACCGCUUCCUGCGCGUCACCUUCACGGACGAGGGCCUUGAGAACCUGCCCGCCUAUGCGCUCUUGGACGCCGCUGCCAAGCGCGAGGGGGGGAACGGGGUGACCAACGUGUACUGGCGGAUUCUGAGCCUCGUGGAAGAGGGCUUCUCCGUGUGCGGGCGGCGCUACAGCUUCCUUGCGUCAUCAGCCUCUCAGCUGCGGGAGAAGUCCGCGUGGUUCCUGGCUGAAGACGCCUCACUGGGACUCACUGUCGCCUCCGUGCAGGCGUGGAUGGGCACGUUCUCUGCCAUCCGCAACGUGGCCAAGUGUGCGGCGCGCAUGGGGCAGUGCUUCUCCUCGCGCUUCACCUCCCUCCCCCUCCCUCGCGCACACGUGCGCAAGCUGCCCGACGUCACGCGCGGCCCCUACUGCUUCACGGAUGGUGUGGGCGCCGUCUCCCCCGAGGCCGCCAAGGCGCUGGCGGAUGCUAUUGCGCAGUACCUUGACAGGCCCGUGGGGGAGGGGUGGGGCGAUGGGGGGAGGGAUGCGGGUGAGAGAGAGAGUGGAGAGGUUGGUGGUAGGGCUGGUGAGGCAGGGGUGGCUGUGGAAGGGGGUGUGAACGGGAGUGAGAAGGAAAUUGGCAGUGGGAGUGGGAAGGAGAGUGGGAGUCGGAACAAGGAGGAGUGUGGGGGUGAGAAGAAGGAAAGUGGGAGGGAGAAGGAGAAGGAGAGUGGGAGUGAGAAGGAGAAGGAGAGUGGGGGUGGGAAGGAGAAGGAGAGUGGGAGUGAGGAGACGGAGAGUGGGGGUGGGAAGGAGAAGGAGAGUGGGAGGGAGAAGGAGAAGGAGAGUGGGGGUGGGAAGGAGGAGAGUGGGAGUGAGAUGGAGAAGGACAGUGGGGGUGGGAAGGAGAAGGAGAGUGGGAGUGGGAUAGACAAGGAUGGUGCAAGCGGUAAUGGGGCUGGCAGCGGUGUGGGUGUUGGAGUGGAGCAGGGCAGCAGGAGGGAGAAGGCGAGAUCAUUGCUGCGAUCGCCAUCAGCGUUUCAGAUCCGGUAUGCGGGGGUGAAGGGGGUGAUCACGGUGUGGCCGCGGUGGGUCAUGCAGCAAGUGGAGCGAGAGGCAGGUGGGGACAGGGAUGGGGCCGGCAAUGGCAGCAGCAACGGCACUCAGAUUGUUAGCCUGGCGCAACAGCAGGCGGUGAAUCUAAUGUUCAGCGAGGGGGACUUUGCGGGAGACUGGUGGGUGCAUGCAGGGCAGGAGGGCGCAGCAGCAGCAGCAAGUGGCAAUGGGAGUGGCGAUGCAGUGGUCCAAGGCAGCAGCAUGCAGCGCACAGCAGCAGCAGGAGCAGGAGCAGGGGCGAGGACGCACAUGUGGAUCCGGCCGAGCAUGGAUAAAUUUGAGUCGCAGCACGCGGAUGUGGAGGUGGUGAACUGGACGCGCCCCCUGCCGUGCUUCCUCAACCGCCAGAUCAUCACGCUGCUCGCCACCAUGGGGGUCCAGGACCACAUAUUCCAACUCAUGCAGGAUGCCAUGCUGCAGCAGCUGGACCGUGCGCUGAGUGAGCGGGAUGCGGCGCUGCAGCUGCUGGAGGAGUCGUGUGCAGACGACCUGUACAACGUCGCCAUGACCAUGCUCUCAGCAGGCUUCCGCCCCGACGACGAGCCCCACCUCAAGCGCAUGAUGCGCGCCGUGCGCUCGCUGCAGCUGCAGGGGCUGAUAUCGAAGGCGCGCAUAUUCGUGAAGGAGGGGCGCUGGCUCAUGGGUGUGGUGGACGAGACGGGGCUGCUGGAGUACGGCCAAUGCUUCAUCCAAGUAUGCGAGACCACGGUACCCAUAACCCCCUCACAACCCCCCUCCUCCUCCACCUCCGAACCCCCAGUCACCGCAACCACGGUCCACAGCACCGGCCGCGGGCUCGGCCCACCCAAAGUAAUCACCGGCCCCAUUCUAUUCGGCAAGAACCCAUGCCUGCAUCCGGGCGACCUGCGCCUUCUAACAGCCGUGGACAUCCCAUGCCUGCGCCACCUGGUGGACUGCCUCGUCCUUCCCAAGAACGGCCCGCGCCCACACGCCAACGAGGCAUCAGGCAGCGACAUGGAUGGGGAUGUGUACUUUGUGACGUGGGACGGGCGGCUCAUGCCGCCUGGAGGGAAGAGCAGUGAGCCGAUGGAUUAUGAGCCGGUGAAGAAGGAGGGAAAAGCCGCUGUCACCAUGAAGGACGUGCACCGGUUCUUUGUGGACCACAUGCUGAACGACAGCGUGGGCAUCAUCUGCAACGCACACGUGGUGCACGCGGACCGCAGCCCCCACCAGGCCGACGACCCCGCAUGCCUCCGCCUGGCGCGCGAAGCCGCCAUCGCCUUCGACUUCCCCAAGACAGGCGUCCCAGGGCAGAUGCCGCGCGACCUCAAAGUGCACGAGUACCCGGACUUCAUGGAAAAGGGCGCGAGUAAAGAGAUGUAUGAAUCGGACAAGGUACUUGGGAAGCUGUAUCGGCAGGUGAAGGACACGGUGAUUGGGGAGGAGGAUGAUGACUAUCCGAGGGUGGUGCCGGGGGUGGCGGAGGAGGAGGGGGAGGGCGCAGAGGAGAUGGCGCAGGAGAGGAGGGAGCGAGAGGAGGAGGCGGCGAGGCAGGUGAGGGAGGUGCGGGAGGGGGCGGGCGACGGCACGGGGUGGGAGGGGGAGCUGGCGGUGCUGGAGGAUAGGAGAACGUGGCUGCGGUGGCCGGGGGUGGAGGAGGUGGGGCGCGCGUACAGGGAGGAUUUGAAGGUGGAGGGGUAUGAGCAGCAUGUGGAGGAGGCACGGGUGCUGAAGCGGGCGUAUGACCGCUCCAUCCUGCACAUUCUGCACCAGUUUGGCAUCAUGUCGGAGGCGGAGGUGGCGUCGGGCAGCAUGCUGCACGCGGCGCACCGCAGCGGGCGAAAGGACGAGGCGGUGCGCGAGCACGUGCGCAACAUGUUUGUCAUGCUGCGCCGCCACUACCACCGCCUGCUCGUGUGCGGGCCGAACCAGGGGGAGGGAGAUGACGACAACGACGACGACGACAACGACCACAACCACAACGAUGCCUCGUCCCCCGCCGCUCGCUCGCGGCAGCGGCAGCAGCAGAAGGAUACACGGCUGCGCGUGACGUCCAAGGUCAACGUGGUGCAGGGGAUCAAGGCCAUGGUGGCCGACGCUGCAGCCAGUGAGAACAAGGCGACACCCGAGGGUGCGGAGGAGCCCACCCGUCUGGACCACGCCACGGCUCGAGCGCGCGCCUUCGCGUGGUACCACGUGUGCUACCACCCUUCGGAGGUGCAUCGCGUGCAGCAGGAGGCUCGCAGGUUCGGGCUCAGCGUGGCGCCCAUCUUCCUGAGCUUCGCGUGGAUCGGAGUGGACAUCCUGUGCCAGCACCUCAUUGCAGAAACGCCUCAGAUAUAGACCUAUUUUGGUUGGUUGGUUGGUUGGGACCACUUUGGAGGCACCUCAGGAAUGGUCCCAGCGCGGAGCCCAUCUUCCAGAGCUUUGUGUGGUUCGGCGGGGCAUCCUGUCCCAGCACCAAGUCCUAUUUUAUCAGAGUAAUUUACUCUUUUACUCUGAAAAUCAGAGUCUAUUUUUAGAACUACUCUUGGAGCCUUGAGUAAAAAAAAUGAAUCUAUUUUUUGCUC